GCCAGUACUCCGCCAUAUUCACUGUUGUCUUGCCUUGAGAACGAGCACAGAGCGUUCGCGACUGCCCGCGAGAACCGAAACUGUUUUGCACACAACCUGGUGACCAGGUCAUUACACGGACUAAAACGAUGGCGAGGAAAAAAAGCAAGCAGCAGGGCGUCGGGGCCAAGGAUUUAGCGUCGGGACAGCAGCAGCAGAGCCUGUCGAAGAAGCCCGGCGAUACGGGAGCAGCAGCGGCAGGCGGCGGUAACGCUGGCGGUGGAGGAGAUGCAGGAGCGAGCAGGACCAAUCAGUCCAUGCACACCUGCUGCUUGCUGUGCCAUCGGGAGUUCAAGGACUGGGGGGCAGGCCAGGUGAACGGGCUCCCCAGUCACGGCUCCAAGCUGGCAGAGGCCGUGCCCGCGCUUUCCCAAGCCCUGCUGAGGGAGGUUCCGGGCCGCAAGCUGGCGGACGCCGUGCCUUCGCUGUCCCAGUCGCUGUUGGGCGAGGUGCCGCUGUGGAUCUGUCAAAGCUGCAGGAAGAGCGUGGAGGAGGAGGAGAGGAGAACGGUUCAAGAGCAAACCACACAGGUACCGCUGUCGCACUCCUCCUCGUGUAAGUCUCAGAGCUGUGGGAAUGGUUAUCCAGAGCAUAGCUCAGUGGAUUGGGAUCCCAGCUCCUUCCUGUCUGCACGCAAACUCUCGGGCUUGUGGAACUCCGCUCAUUCUAAUGGAGGGUCUCACUGCAACCACAGCACAUCCACGCUUUCACAGGGUGGAACCUUGGGACCAUCUUGCCAUGAGAAGAGAUCAUCUCAUGAUGCUCCUGGGAAGGCUGCCAAAACGUUCGGGACCAAAGUCUGUCCCUACAGUCAUCCCGCAUCCCAGAAUUCUAGUGCGGCGUCUUCUGGGGCACUUUCUGCUUCCUCUGAUCUAUGUAAGACCAACCCAAAGCACUUCAAAACAAUGUGUCGACGACCAACUCCUCCAGGUGAAGCUUUCCACCCAGGCGACCACCACCAAGCUGCAGACCUGUCCGUGCCGCCCAACAGUCCCACCGGUCUCUCCUCCCAGCAUUCCUCGCUGCUGCCUCCCAAGCAAAACUCCAGUCAACACGUUCACGUCAACACAUCUAGUACGGGCCUAGCGUCACACGCUCCCCUCUCCCCGCUGGUACCAAACAUUCAAUCUCCCACAGUUAAGCACUCAAACGGGGCUGACAGUCCGGUGGCCCUUCACAAACCCAGCGCAUGCAAGAACUCCCACAUUCCUGCUAUAAACACUCAACACGGCAAACUCGGAAACACGCUCGUAAGCUGCAGUCACCCCUGCAACGGGCACAGUAACGGCAAUUCUGUACCAUCCUCCAAUGCUGGACACGUAACGUCUGGGGCGUGCAGGGACCAGGCGUGUAAAGGUCACAAAAUGUCCAACGGGUCAUUAUGUCACGCCCCGCCCUGUGAGCUUGAAGAGGGAGAGGACGAGGACAGCAGCUCAGAACGUAGCUCCUGUGCAUCCUCAUCCACCAAUCAGAAGGACGGGAAAUACUGUGACUGUUGCUACUGCGAGUUCUUCGGCCAUAACGCGCCCCCAGCUGCGCCCACCAGUCGAAACUAUGCUGAGAUUAGGGAGAAGCUUCGGUCCAGAUUGACUCGGCGUAAAGAAGAGCUUCCUCAGAGACAGGACCUGGACCCGGCUAUGCCGAGUGCCAUAGAUAAUCGAGACGUGGACGAGCUUCUGGACUUUAUCAACAGCACAGAACCCAAACCCGUCAACAGUGCCAAGGCUGCCAAACGUGCCCGCCACAAACAGAAGAAAAAGGAGAAGGCUCUUCAGGGCGGUGUGGACGUAGCCAACUGCGAUCCCCGCUCCGCGUCUCCUCCCGACCUCAUAGAAGACUCCGUUCCGGACGGAGAAGCGAACAGACUUUUGGAGUGGCCUCAGCUCGAGCUGGAGAGGGUGAACAGCUUCCUGACCAGCCGUCUGGAGGAGAUCAAAAACACCAUAAAAGACUCCAUCCGUGCCUCCUUCAGCAUGUACGACCUCAACCUGGACGUCAAUGACUUCCCCAAGAAGGCGGCCACGCUCGAAGGAAACCACCUGCUGUCUCACCUCAACGGCUCAUCGGAUCUGCAGCAGAUAGACUUGGACCUGGCGCCGCUCUCGUUGAAGAACUUCAAGAGAGAUUUGGAUAUAAUCAACGGCUGGGAGGAUACCACCACUGCAGCCAAAGACAUCCAGAGGCUCCACUCCACGCCCAGCCUGUCCAAGCUCAUCCGCGUGCGCUCCCCGGAGAGAUGCCCGGCCGCGGGUUCGGAGUCCGCUCCGUCCAGCCCCGCUUUUUCGGCCAAGCCCUUGGAUGAGAUCCCUGAAACCAAGACCUCAAGUGGAACUGCAUCCAAGACUAAGAAGGCUAAGAAACAGCAAAAUCAGAGGCAGCAAGAACAGUUGACUUCAGAUCAGGCGGUCGGUACGAAAAGCACGAAAAAUGCACCCGAGACGCAAAAAACGCAGGAAACGAGGGCGCCCGAUGCAGACAAGAGGUCGAAGGCUGGAUUGAAACAGAACCAACAGACUCAACAACAGGCGGAUUCACAAAAAGCGGUAAAUAAAAGAGCGGAAGAGAGUAAAGCGUGCAAGCAGUCCAGUAAUGGAGCCUCAAACGGUCACCAUAACACAGGAUCCAACACACAUAGGGGAAAGAAUGAGCUCUCGGACACACGGGGUAACAGGCCGGAGCAUGACGUAGACACUAAAACCACAAACACUCCCAAUUCACAGCAGCAAGCACAGCAACCAAAGGGAAAGUCUAAAAAUAAAAACAGAAACAAGUCGGAAAAGUCAAAUAAUGCAAUUGAUGAUGUGUUCCUUCCCAAAGACCUCGACCCGACGGAAAUGGAUGAGAUCGAUCGUGAGGUUGAAUAUUUCAAGAGGUUUUGCCUUGACUCUGCUAAACAGACCCGACAGAAGGUGGCUGUGAACUGGUCCAACUUCAGCCUCAAAAAGAUGCCCUCUAAUGCAGCUCAGUAACAGAUGGGUGAUGGUAAACAGACCCCCCCCCAGCAAGACUGUACUAAAAACCAGUUUGGCCUUUGGUUACUGUACUUAAGACUCAAAGGUUGUUCCUCUCAUAUCCAUUUCUUGCCUCUAAGCCACGGGAACUUGAUUUCGACCACCAAUCAUCAAACCUGUUUAUUUGACCUUUGUUUGUGAGGGAUCACACAGCGUCCUGACCUCAGUCCUAAAAUCUGCAUCCUGUUACGGCAUAACUCGUUUGGGUACUGAUCCAAUCCAUCUUGAUGCUUCAUAUGUAGUAUGUAAACAGUUGUUUUACAAAUAAAAUGUUUUUAUUCACAACAGUGAAUAUUAACCUUUUUUUAAAUGUGCUUUUGAGGGCGUUUCUGUUGUUUUAAAUUCACUUUAAUUCAUCACCACUCACCCUACAAAUAUACUGUAGUUUUAGAAUAGAUGCAAAAAAAACAUUUUUAAACAAAACUCUUUUAAUUGCUGUAUUACGUCUGAUAUUCAUAACGGAGUUAAAACCAGAGACUGUUGUGUUUUAGUUUGUAGAACUGUCCACCGUCUUUGUGAGCUACGCAGAUUUGGAGAAAUGAUCACAGUCGACUGCGUAAGGUUGCACUUCUGACAGUUUAGAUGCACAAAAAGUGAACUGUGCACAUGUGCAAGAACAAGAUCGGUACUUACACUGUAUGACUUGUGAAAAGAAUCUUUGUUAUUUUGGAGAAAAGGAUCAACACUAAAAUGAACUGAUUUUAAAGUCCUGUAUCCGUUGACUGUGUCACUUUUCUAUAAGAAAUUUGAAGAGCUGCGAUUUUCAUUGCAUGAUGCCUACAACUGACAAAUAUACAAAUCUCCCAUGUUCUCUCACUUUGUAUGGAAUGCUGUUGGCGAAAUUCCCUUGACUGAAAUUUGAUGGUAAUAUUCCUGCUGAUCCUCCCAUGUGGUGGUUUGGAUAUAGUUCUGUGCUGUGACCACGUUCUCAAUGCUGUUGUUGUAAGUUUUAGUUUGUGGUUGGUUUUCCAGCAGUUCACCUCAGUACAGUCAGUAUCACUCUUGUUUCGGAUGCAUGAUGGUAUCAGACCUGAUUUUAUACGUCCAGACACUUGCAGUUGUUUUGCUUGUGUCUUUUGAUUCCACUGGUGUAACAUGUUCAGACCUGUCUUCAUUUCCCCCCUCAAUGUCUGUUACAUUUGCAAUCAUUUUUUCUUUUUUUGAUUUAAGAGGCUUUAAGAUAUACCACAGUGGUACUACAAGCACUCGUAAUGCUUUGUCUUUUCCCUUAGCAUUGCUUUGCAUUUGUGUUUCAUUUGUUUUUUUUCCUACAUGUGUAUCCCCGAAUGUCAGGCCACUUCUGGUAAAAAUCCAAACUAUAUUAAUUAGGGACUGGGUAUGUGAUUGAAAGUACAUUUCCUUUGAAGGAUUGAGAUGAAAAUUAUGAUAGUUUUUAACCUGUUUUGUUUUCAUAUUUUUCAACAUCUUUGACUCUAUCCAGGUUAUAUUAAACUAGAAACAUUAAACGUUGGAAUGUAGAUUUAUACUGUACCAUUAUUGGCCAGUGUAUGUUGGCUUUCUGUUUUAUUUUGUUUUUUAUUAUUAUUAUAAUUAUUAUUACUAUUCACUUUUGAUACUGUGAAAAUCUUUCAUGGACGAAAGAUUAAAACA